GAACGGUUGUUAUACUCCAUGCUUGAUACAAUGGGCAUUGUGAGCUCUUUGUUGUAGAGAACUUCUAUCCCUGUUGUGCGGCUGCGUAUAUAUUGACCGUGAUGAUCGCCAUCAGUAACAUCAACCAUCGACCACCUUCAUCUUCACCUUCACCCGACUUCACCUCCCCAACUCAGCUUCAAGAUGCCCUACUUCCGAUUCCGCGCCUACAGCGAGCUGAAAAAGGAUCUUGCCCGCCUUAGUGCGGCAAGCGAGCCUGCCACAGCUCCUCAGGCAUCUGACGCUGGGUCGCGCGUGCCGACCCCCUCAACAUCCCAUGCUGCGACGCAGACAUCCGACGACGGAGCCGGGUUCAGCAGUGAAGACGGGGGCGUCCUUCUCACGCCCCAGCAGACCGACAGCGAGAAUGAGUCAAGCGACAGCGACGGCUACCCCGCAAUCCUCACGCCGCAGAGUACCGGCGACGACACUCCGAAGCCAGGCACGAUCAUGUUCUUCCCCUGGCGCACGCAGCUGGGAUGUCCAACCUUGGAGCAGAUCAAGAAGCACCGCAGCUUCGAAGAGGUCUUCUCCAGCAACGACUUCCGCAACUGGGACUGCCUGCAGCCCGCCGAGCAGGCCCGCCGUCGCGUCCUGGCGCGCAAGAUCAAUAACCCAGCCAACAAGCCCGCGGAUGCGGCGUGCGACAUCUGCGAGCGCGCCGACCCGCACGUGGACCUGUGCUGCGAGGGCUGCACUACCUAUUUUCACUUGGAGUGCGCCUGGAACCGGCACGGUGCGAUCGAAUGGGGCACCGACUAUAAAUUCAGGAUACCUAUGCAUUGCCCGGCGUGUCGCAAGCCGUGGAAAUUUGGUGCUGAUCUGUUCGACCAGGGGCUCCUGAAGAAUGACGAGGAUGAGGUGGUGGAGCAGGCUGAGAGUUUCGAGUACUUGAAGAUGGAGGGUCAUGUUUGGAAGUGAGGCUUGAUGUCAGUCGCCUCUAGGCUUGGUUCACUCGCUGUUUCGUUGAGGUGACUCUCUUUUUAUCCUGUUCAUCGUGAAAUGAAAUCGUAACCUUUUAUAUUGAUUUGAAUAUCUUU